AUGGCUACAACUUACACUAGAUGGAUACACCAUGGAGAACCAUUGGAGGUUGUACCACAUGAAAUUGAUGACCAUGUUGAUGAGCAUACUAGUCUCAAUGAGGAUUUUGACAUGAAUGUGGAUGAGGAAGAUGACCCUGAUGAUGGAAUUCAUGGUAUGGUAGAGGAGUUGUACACAGCUGAAGAAGAAGGUCAAGGGAAAAAGUCUAUGUUUGCAAUUCUAUUAGAAGAGAUGAAGCAAAAACUGUACCCUGGUGGUCCUUGCACAAGGUUUUCUUUUGUGGUGAAGUUACUUCAUAUCUCAUUUUACCGAAUUUCUAAUGUUGCAUUCAUAGUGCUACUGAAGUUGUUGUCAUCAUCAUUCCCAAAUUGCUCUAUUCCUGCAUCAUACGAGGAAGCAAAGAGACUUAUUCGUGCAUUGGGGCUCGGAUACAAUUCAAUCCAUGUGUGCCCGAAUAAUUGUGUUCUAUUUUGGAAGAAUUUAGAAAAAAAUGAUGUUUGUCCAGUUUGUGGUGCAUCAAGAUGGAAAGACAAUGGUGGAAGAAAGAAGAUUCCUGAGAAGAUUUUGCUACAUUUUCUAUUGAUUCCUAGGCUGAAGAGAAUUUUUUCUUCCAAAAGAACGGCAGAAGAGGUGCAAUGGCACAAGUUGAAGAGAAAACCAGUGGAGAAUGAGCUCAGCCAUUCAGCUGAUGGCGAGUCAUGGAAAGACUUUUACAAAAGCUAUGGGUGGUUUGCAGAAGAUGCAAGGAACAUCAGACUUGGCCUUGCUACUGAUGGUUUCAAUCCAUUUGGUAAAAUGAGCUCCUCGUAUAGCAUGUGGCCAGUGUUUCUCAUCCAGUACAAUUUUCCUCCUUGGGAAUGUUUAGAGCAAUCAAACUUUAUCAUGGGCCUGCUUAUUCCUGGUCGAGAAUGCCCAGGAAAGGACAUUGAUGUCUUCUUGGAGCCACUUAUUGAGGAGUUGCUAGAGCUUUGGAAAGGUAUCCCUACUGUUGAUGCACUUACUAAGAAGAAGUUUGAUCUACAUGCUGCUGUAAUAUGGUGCAUUCAUGAUUAUCCUGGUUUGAGCAUAUUGUCAGGUAGAGUCACAAGAGGUUAUUAUGCAUGUGUGCAUUGUGAUAAAAACCCUUGCUCCAAAAGGAUAAGUAAUAAGAUAUGUUACAUUGGCCAUCUGAGUUUCCUUGCUAGGGACCAUCCAUGGAGGAGAAGCAAGGUGUUUGAUGGUAAUGUUGAAAACCGUGAGAAGCCAGAGAAAUUUACGACGGAUGAGUUGAUGGAGCAACUGGAGAGGGUCAAGGAUGUCAGACCAGGAAAGCAUCAUGAAAGCAAAAAAAGAAAGCGGGACGAGGAGGGCCAAUGUUGGAAGCAAAAGUCAUGUUUGUGGGAUUUGAUGUAUUGGUCGAAUUUGAAGCUACGGCAUAAUCUUGAUGUGAUGCACAUUGAGAAAUAUAUAUGUGAGUACAUCCUUGGUACAUUUCUAGGCAUGGCUGGGAAGUCAAAGGACAAUACAAAUUCUAGGCUUGAUUUGGAAGAUAUGGGUAUUAGGAAGCAUUUACACUUGAUUCGUGAUGGAGAUUCAUAUAGUGCUCCUCAUGCCCCUUACACGAUGACUAAAACACAGAAGGUCGAUUUUUGUGAUUUUUUGAAUAGUGUAAAAUUUCCAGAUGGAUAUGCUUCCAACUUAGCAACAUGUGUUACUGGAGAUGGAUGCAACCUCCAAGGACUGAAAACUCAUGAUUGUCAUAUUCUUCCUCAAAGGAUUAUACCUACUGCUGUACGAGGAAUCAUGCCCAAGGACAUAAAUGAAGUACUUGCUGAAUUAGGUAAUUUUUUCAGCAACUAUGUGCAAAAACUUUGA